AUGGCGGCGGCGGCGGUGGCGGCGAAGACGGCGUCGUCGCACCGGGCGUCGUUCGCUCAAGGCACUCACCAGUUUGACAUCGUCGGGUACGGCGCGCUCAAGGCGCUGGGCCGCAGCCACUCCAUCACGUCCGGCACCUUCCGCGUCGCCGGCCGUGACUGGGCCGUCGUGUGCCACUUGGACCCUGCCCUUGCGUACGUCUCCCUCGAGCUGGCGGCCGGCGACAACUCUGGGGCCGCCGUCACGGCGAUGGCGAGCUUCGCCAUCGACGACCCCACCGGCGGCAGCAAGCCCAUGCAGAUCGGAGACGGCGACGAGGCCACCGUGUUCACCCCGUCGUCCCGCGCCUUGAAGGUCCCGGUCCCCGACUCGUUCCGGAAGCGGGAGGCGCGCUACGUCAGCGACGACCGCCUGAGGAUCCGCUGCACCGUCCGCGUCCUCGAGGAGGAGUCGCGGCCGACUGGCUACUGCUUCGUCGCCGCGCCGGCGCCGCCGGACAUCACUGGGUGGCUCGCGACGCUGCUGGAGAGCGGGCGGCGGGCGGACGUCACGUUCGCCGUGGAGGCGAGCAGGUUCGACGCGCACAAGCUCGUGCUCGCCCUGCGCUCGCCGGUGUUCAGGGCAAAGUUCUUCGGAGACAGCCGGGACAGCAGCCAGGAGUGGUUCCGGGUCUACGACAUUGGGGCCCCCGUGUUCGAGGCCAUGCUCCGCUUCAUCUACACCGACGAGCCACCGCCGGACAUGACGACGGCCAUGGCCCACGACCUGCUGGUGGCCGCGGACCUGUACGACCUGGAGAGGCUGCGGGUGGCGUGCGAGAAGUCGCUAUGGGAGAGCGUCCAAACGGACGGCGUCUCAGCCGCCCUGUCGGUGCUACUGCGGUUGAACGGCCGGCAGAGCUGCCACCAGCUCGAGGACCUGUGCGUGGGCUACAUCGCCGGCGCGUGGGACGCCGCAACGGCGACGGAGGAGUACAGGGAGCUCAAGGCGAGCUGCCCCGCGGUUCUCAACGACAUCCUCGAGAAACUAGUAGUAGAAGCAAAGGCGAGCGCGUCGUCGUCGGAGAAGAGCUCGUCGUCGUCGGAGAAGAGCUCGUCGACGUACAGGGCGUCGGAUGUGUGGAGGGGCACUCACCAGUUUAGCAUCCUGGGGUACAGCGGCGUGCGGAGGAUGCACGGCAUGGCAGGCGAGUUCAUCCGCUCCGGCACCUUCGAGGUCGGCGGCUACGAGUGGCAGAUCCUCUACUACCCAUCGGGCUACGAUGAGUACAGCGACGACGACGUCGCCGUCUACCUGCAGCUGGUGACGCCCAUUGAUCCCGACCUCGUCGUGGAGGUGGCGGGGAGGUUCAUGGUGGGAAGCCCCAACGACGUCAACGCCAUGGUGGAGAGGUUCGGGCACGAGUUUUCGUACGAUUACCCGGUGAGUGGGAUUAGAGAGUUGGCCACCGUGGACGAUGUAAGGUCAAAUCUUGUGGGUCCAGACGACAGCCUCACGGUAGAGUGCCUCUUCGAGUUCGGAAACCGCAUCGUCGCAACGACGGCCGCCGCCGGCCCCCGGGAGAUGGCCGUGCCGCCGCCCAACACCUCCUGGCACCUUGAGAGGCUGCUGGAGGCCGCCAUCGAGGUGGGGUCCGACGUCACCUUCGUCGUCGACGGGGAGUCGUUCCACGCGCAUUCCCUCGUGCUCUCUGCGCGGGCGCCGGCCUUGUUGAAAGAGAGAGAGGCUGAAGAAGAGGUGAAGAAGAAAGCAGGUGGCACGAGCAAGGAGGAGGUGGUGGUCCUGCGGGUUGAGGGGAUCACGGCCGUGGCCUUCAAGGCCUUGCUCCACUUCGUCUACACGGACGAGCUGCCGCCGCUGGACGAUCUGGUACGCGCUGCAACUGCCGGCGACAGUAGUGUCCCGUCGUCGGAGACGAGCAGGACGCGGAUGGCCCGCGACCUGCUGGCGGCCGCGGAGCGUUACCAGCUGGUGGAGAGGAUGCGGCCCCUGUGCGAGAACCUGCUGUGCGAGGUGAUCACACCGGAGGACGCGGCGGCCACGCUGGAGCUGGCGAGGCGCCACGGCCGGCAAGAACUCAAGGCCUUCUGCCUCGACUACAUGUCGUCGCCGGGCGUGCUCACGGCGGUGGUGGCCACCGACGGUUACAAGGAACUCUCCGCCGAGGCUCUCCGGGAUAUGCUCAACCACAUAGCUUCUGCUGCUGCCUCGUCGUCCUAG